AUGGACAAGGCGUCCCUCCUAUCAGACGUUGUUUGCUAUAUCAACAAACUGAAAGAAAAAGUCACAUAUCUUGAAUCUCAAUUACACCGUCGUAACAAUCACCAAGGGAAACCCAAGAAAAUGAAGGUGGAAAUGGUUGAUACAAUGGAAAAUCACGAACAAAACAGCAAAACUUGUGAUUUGUACCUAUCUUCUAAGAAAACAUCAAGUGUUAACAAGACAACCAAAACUAAAACAAGUAGCUUGAGGGAAGUGGAAGUGAAGAUCGUUGGCAAUGAUGUAAUGAUACGGGUACAAUCGGGAAACACAGACGUACAGGCUGGGAAACUAAUGAAUGCUCUAAGAGAAAUGAAAGCAAAAAUCCAGCAUGCAAGCAUGUCGUGUGUGAAUGAGAUAAUGUUGCAAGAUGUGGUGGCUAGAAUCCCUGAUUCCAUGGAUAAGAUGAACUAA